UAAUUACAGUAGCUUAACUAAUUAGGUAGCUAGAGUAAUGUCAACAAACCUGUUUAGUCAAUCGAUUUUGUAUAAUUGCAUGAUACCAAAUUUUGAAUUUUGGCGACAACGUUAUCAUUAGUAUUUGAAAUGGUCACUCGCCUCCAGAAAGUCACUCAUCAACCCAAGUUGAUUUUGACUAGCCCAAAAGAGAGAACUCCAGGGUUAGCUAAUAAUAGCUAGGUGUCAGUCAAGUCUCUGUAAGAAUGGGUUUUCAGGCUGACAAAUAUAAUACUGUAAUUCCAUGGCAUUCAUACAUUCCAUAAGGUCCCAACUAACACAUUGAAUCACAUGACCAUAGCCUUAUAGACUGUCAAUGGCAGGGCAACAGUUGUCAUCUGAUUUACGGCCCAGAUGUGGAUCCAUACACCUUGCUCUUGUGUUCUUUGACAUACUCUUUGUUGUUUCAGAUCAAACAGAAGAUCACAGGAUGGAUACUAGUGGGAAACCCUCCACAGCCCAAUUUCUGCUAUUAGCCACCAGCUCAGCACUUACUGCAGUCUUCUACUCUGUGUACUGGAGGAGGACAACAACCGUAGCUAGAUUAAAGGGAGCCAAGAAAGUGUCUAUUGAUCAGGAUAUGAAGAACAUCCUGACAGAAGCACCAGGAAAAUGUGUCCCGUACGCUGUUAUUGAAGGUGUUGUGAGAUCUGUGAAAGAAACCUUGAACAGCCAGUUUGUGGACAACUGCAAAGGGGUCAUCGAGAGGUUAACUCUAAAGGAGAAGAAGAUGGUGUGGAAUCGCACCACUCAUCUCUGGAACGAGAGUGAAAAGGUCAUCCACCAGCGUACCAACACGGUGCCCUUUGACCUGGUGUCCCACGACGAGGCUGUGGCAGCCACCAUUCGGGUCAUCCGUCCCCUGGACUCCUCGGAGCUGGACCUGGAGACCACCUAUGAGAACUUUCACCCCACUGCCCAGUCCCUGACCAACGUCAUCGGCCACUUCAUCAGCGGGGAGCGCCCUAAAGGUAUCCACGAGAUGGAGGAGAUGUUACGUCUGGGGGAGAGUGUGACCGGGGUCGGGGAGCUGGUGCUGGACAACAACCUGGUGAAGCUCCAGCCUCCCAAGCAGGGCCUGAGGUACUUCCUCAGCCGACUGGACUAUGACUCCCUGGUGGAGAAGCAGCAGAUCACAGUCAGGUUCUGGAGGAUCCUGACUAUGAUGUUUGGUGUAGUUGCUUCCACAACGCUCUUCUUCAUCCUGUGGAAGCAGUGGGCUUACCAUACACAGAGGAGGAAGAAGAAGAUUGUUCUGGAGGAAUUCAAGGAGCAGCAGAGGAAGAGGAUGAGGGAGCUGAAUGUGGAGGAGGCCAGUGUUUCCCCUAGUGCCUGUACAGUGUGUUUGAGCCAGGAGCGUUCCUGUGUGUUCCUGGAGUGUGGGCAUGUCUGUGCUUGUGACCGGUGCUACCAGGCACUGUCAAAGCCAAAGAAGUGCCCUAUCUGCAGGGCGACGAUAGAGAGGGUAGUGCCUCUUUAUAACAGCUAAUGGACAAUGCCAUUUGGAUGGCCAUUGUAAAUGGACUGAUCUAAUGUCACUGAAAAAAGGAUUGUCGGCUUGUAGCUUGAUCUGAGUUAUAUCAGUUGAAAUGAAAACGUCAUAUCCAGGAUCCUUCUUAGUUGUAGAAUCAACCCAGAACUUGAAUGUUUUCACCUUUCUCCAAAGCACACAUCAAAGCCAUUUUGAAUAAAUAAAGACAAACAAAAUAAAUAUAUCCUCAACCUAUUUUACAAAUCUGUUGGCCCUAUACUAUCCACACACAUGUAUGUAAAUGCUUGUCUGCCAGGAGAGGGUGAUGUCUGCCUUGCAUACCUUUUCAACAGGGAAGAAAGAGUACAUCAUAUUUUAUGAUUUAUAUAAACCAUUGCAUUUGCUCUAAGCAGAAAAUGCACAGAAAUUAUGUACAAAAUAAAGGUAUUUGCAUAUUAAAAACCAUUUGAUAAAGUA